AUGACUCAGCAGCUGUGGCUCCUGCAGCUGUGGCUUCUACAGCUGUGCCUCCUGCAGCUGUGGCUCCUGCUCGGUGUGGAGACACUGCUCCCUGACACGCCUGUAUUGAUCCACUCUCAGGAUCCUCAGUUAGAGCAGACACAGGCGUGUGUGGGGGAUGGAGACUUCUCAGCAGAGAAACCCUCAUCAGAGAGACCCUCAUCAGAGAGACCCUCAUCAGAGAAACCCUCAUCAGAGAAACCCUCAUCAGAGAGACCCUCAUCAGAGAAACCCUCAUCAGAGAAACCUUCAUCAGAGAAACCCUCAUCAGAGAAACCUUCAUCAGAGAGACCCUCAUCAGAGAGACCCUCAUCAGAGAAACCCUCAUCAGAGAAACCUUCAUCAGAGAAACCUUCAUCAGAGAAACCCUCAUCAGAGAGACCCUCAUCAGAGAAACCUUCAUCAGAGAAACCCUCAUCAGAGAAACCCUCAUCAGAGAAACCUUCAUCAGAGAGACCCUCAUCAGAGAGACCCUCAUCAGAGAAACCCUCAUCAGAGAAACCUUCAUCAGAGAAACCUUCAUCAGAGAAACCCUCAUCAGAGAGACCCUCAUCAGAGAAACCUUCAUCAGAGAAACCCUCAUCAGAGAAACCUUCAUCAGAGAAACCCUCAUCAGAGAAACCUUCAUCAGAGAAACCUUCAUCAGAGAGACCCUCAUCAGAGAGACCCUCAUCAGAGAAACCUUCAUCAGAGAAACCCUCAUCAGAGAAACCUUCAUCAGAGAAACCCUCAUCAGAGAAACCCUCAUCAGAGAGACCCUCAUCAGAGAGACCCUCAUCAGAGAGACCCUCAUCAGAGAGACCCUCAUCAGAGAAACCUUCAUCAGAGAGAGCCUCAUCAGAGAGACCCUCAUCAGAGAGACCCUCCAUCAGAGAGACCCUCAUCAGAGAAACCUUCAUCAGAGAGACCCUCAUCAGAGAGACCCUCAUCAGAGAAACCCUCAUCAGAGAAACCUUCAUCAGAGAAACCUUCAUCAGAGAAACCCUCAUCAGAGAGACCCUCAUCAGAGAAACCUUCAUCAGAGAAACCCUCAUCAGAGAAACCCUCAUCAGAGAAACCUUCAUCAGAGAGACCCUCAUCAGAGAGACCCUCAUCAGAGAAACCCUCAUCAGAGAAACCUUCAUCAGAGAAACCUUCAUCAGAGAAACCCUCAUCAGAGAGACCCUCAUCAGAGAAACCUUCAUCAGAGAAACCCUCAUCAGAGAAACCUUCAUCAGAGAAACCCUCAUCAGAGAAACCUUCAUCAGAGAAACCUUCAUCAGAGAGACCCUCAUCAGAGAGACCCUCAUCAGAGAAACCUUCAUCAGAGAAACCCUCAUCAGAGAAACCUUCAUCAGAGAAACCCUCAUCAGAGAAACCCUCAUCAGAGAGACCCUCAUCAGAGAGACCCUCAUCAGAGAGACCCUCAUCAGAGAGACCCUCAUCAGAGAAACCUUCAUCAGAGAGAGCCUCAUCAGAGAGACCCUCAUCAGAGAGACCCUCAUCAGAGAGACCCUCAUCAGAGAAACCUUCAUCAGAGAGACCCUCAUCAGAGAGACCCUCAUCAGAGAGACCCUCAUCAGAGAGACCCUCAUCAGAGAAACCCUCAUCAGAGAGACCUUCAUCAGAGAGACCCUCAUCAGAGAGACCCUCAUCAGAGAGACCCUCAUCAGAGAGACCCUCAUCAGAGAGACCCUCAUCAGAGAGACCCUCAUCAGAGAAACCCUCAUCAGAGAGACCUUCAUCAGAGAGACCCUCAUCAGAGAGACCCUCAUCAGAGAGACCCUCAUCAGAGAGACCCUCAUCAGAGAGACCUUCUGA